AUGGAACCCUCUGAUCCGAGAGCACCGAUUGACGCCGAACGAGCCAGGCAGUUGUCGCUGUUCCGACCCCUCGGUUACCAACGCAACUCGUGCGGAUACUGUAAAUCGGAUAAUGGGAGUGCUUCAUACUACGCUAGCUCCGUCUCGGUGCGUCCAGGACACUAUGAAGAACUCGUCAACCGGGGAUGGAGAAGGUCCGGCACCUUGUACUACAAGCAGAACCUGCAGCGGUCAUGCUGUCCUCACUAUACCAUGAGGCUCGAAGCCUCGGCCUACAAACCAAGAAGAGAUCAACGAAAGGCAAUCAACCGCUGGAACAAGUUCGUCUUGGGACCUGACUACAUUCGCAGAGCUGCAUAUCUCUGUCCGAAAUCUCGGGGACAGAAGAAGCAUCACAAAUGCAACUUCGAUCUCAUUGAUGCCGUUCAUGGAGUUGAGUACAAUAACGUCAAGCGGCCCAUUGACCCAAAGACAAAGAAACCGUUGGAACCGGCCCAUCGGUUCGAGAUCAACAUAGAAGGUGACACAGUUUCCCAGGCAAAAUUCGAGUUAUUCCGCAAGUACCAGACGAAGGUUCACAAGGAAGAUGUCUCCAAAUGGCAAACAAAAGACUUCAAGCGGUUCCUUUGCUCAGGCCUUAAGCGGACCGAACCAAAUGCACAAGACGGACAGCGCAGAUUAGGAUCCUGGCACCAAUGCUACCGGCUCGACGGGAAGUUGAUAGCCGUUGCUGUCCUUGACCUGAUGCCCACUGGCAUCAGCUCUGUUUACCUCUUCUACGACCCGGAUUAUGAGCAUUGGGAAUUCGGCAAGCUCAGCGCAAUGAGAGAAAUAGGUCUCUCAAUCGAAGAAGGCUAUGGAUAUUACUACAUGGGAUAUUACAUCCACUCCUGUCAAAAGAUGCGCUACAAGGGCUCCUUCCGACCCCAAUACAUCCUAGACCCCGAAUCCCACAAUUGGGACCCCCUAGACGGCGAACUAACCACAAAGCUCAAUUCCCGACCCUACGUCUCGCUCUCGCGAGACCGCAAGAAUGCCGAAACCGGUGCGAACGCCGAAGCUGAAGCCAAUGCCGAAGCCGAGAUAAACGACGAAGAGGUCUCACUCUUCGCCCUGCACAUGCCGGGUGUCCUUACUGUGGAGGAAAUCAAGAAUCUGGAUCUAGGAAGCUGGCCGUUAGUCGUUCACGGGUCAUUUGUUCAUAUGGCUGACCUAGUUGGGUGGGAGACUAUGCCGGUUGAUGAGCCUCAGUCGAUUAAAGGGAUCGUAGCAGAGUUAGCUGCGACCCUGGGCCCUGCUGUAGUGAGGGACAGUGCGGUGGCGUUAUUUGAUUAA